GUUCCAGAAUGCGUUCGAGACCAAAGAGGUCGCGACGAAACUGAAGCUUCUGGGUUUCAAGGAGGAUGACUGCCAGGUCAUCUUCAAUCUCCUGGACGAAGGAGACGGCUCCCUGACGAUCGAUGAGUUUUUCGAAGGUCUUCAAGAGAUGAAGGGUCCCGCCCAGGCGAAGCAGUGCUUCAUGAUCCGGAAGCGAGUUGAGCAGAUCUGGAAUCUGUUGAUCCAGUUUUCGCAUGAGGUUGAUCAGGACCUCAUGGACAUCUCAACAGGGUCGAAGAG